ACCAUGGGAUUGCCGUUAGCAGUUACUCUACUAAUCAUGCUUAGUAUGAGCUCAGCUCAAAUGAUGUCACAAAUAAUGGCACAAGUAAAAAUCACUGAUGCUCCCUACCCAGUCGCCAAUGCCGAGCAGCUUAACCAAGUCGUUUGGACCAUGCACGGAACACCAACUAAAGAGGCAAUCUAUUGCGUUUCCGAGGCUCCAGUUUCCCAACUGCGAUUCGUUUGCACCGAUUGUCUUGAGAAGAACAUUACCGACAUGGUUAAUGUGCUCAACUCGGCUCAGGAUAUAACUCGUCGUGUUGGAUUUCCGGCUGUCACACUCAAGGAUAUUGCUGUGAACACUAAUUGGACCGGUGCAACCAUCAUGUGCCAAGCGGCUCUUAACGGAGGUACCGUCGAUUCGUCCCCCGCAACUGUCGAUGUAAGAUAUCUUCGUCAGCCGCAUGUUGUCGAUUCGAACGGACAAUCGCCCGUGUUAAUUGGAAACCAAGGAUACAGAUUCUUUGUGGAAUGUGUCCGCGGCGCUGAUGGAUUGUGCCAACAAAGUGGCAGAAGAAAGACCUUGAAGUGCGACGUUCAAUCGAACCCACCAGCAACUCAGUACCGAUGGUUGAAAAAUGGAAGUCCAAGCGGAACUGGUGCCGAAAUCACGAUUGGAACAGAAAUGAUUGGGCAAUCAAUUCAAUGUCAAGCCAAUAACGGUCUGCAUGACGAGUCGAACAUGCCACUGUCGCAAGCAGUUCAAAUUGAUCCAUAUUCAUCGGCAAAACUUUUGAAGGACAACUUCCAAAAAUUGCAAUCCACAUCUCCUUUCCUUGCAAGCAACAGAAUUGAAAUGAAUCAACAAGUGAACAUGGGAUGCGAGGUUGAGGGAAAUCCGCGGCCGAUUGUCUACUGGAGAAUGAGAAAACCAAAUGGGGAUGUUGUUGAUGCCGCUUGCCCGCAAGGAUUGGAGGGACAGUAUCAGGAGUUGCCACCCGAGGGAGGAAGAUCCGCUAACAUUGUUCGCCUCACAGCACUCUGCUCACUUCGAAUUUCCAACUAUUCCUAUUCCGGACAAUACUGGUGUGCAGCUUGCUCUCAAGUCAGCCAAGGAGAGCCAGAAUGCUCGCCAAGUCUUGAAACUCCAGGAACUUCCAGUCUCAACGUUCAAGUCAUCGGAGCACCAAGCAAUUCAGAUGCUCCACCAAGCAUUGAGCAACGCGGAAACGACGCAACAGUACUAGUUCACUACUGUGCCGAACCAAUGCCACGUCCACCACGAGAAAUUGUAUUCAGCAUCGAUCAAAAUGACCUUCAGGUCGGCCAAUCAUGGGAAAACUUCCGUUUUGAUUCAGCUGUCACCAACAACACAGUUCCCAACUGUUACAUUGCUCGGCUCUCAAUUUCCCCAGUUCGUGAAGAAGAUCAAUAUCGUCGGAUUGCUCUCAAACUCCAGAACCAAUUCGGAUCGAAACAAAUCCCAGUCUCCAUGGAUGCGUUACUUGGUGGGGAUAGUGCGAUGGUGGGUCGCAUGCCAACUUUCUGGAUGUACAUUUUGAUUGGCGUCGCUGCUUUGCUGUUUGUCAUCUGUAUUAUUGCAGUUUGUGUUAGAAGACGCGUGAAAGAUCACCCAGACUACAAUGAGCCGAAAACAAAAGCAAACUUGAACAUUCACCAAGAAAAUGAUUAUUUCGAGCCACCACCAAAUGCUCCACGAUUGUUCGCACAACACCCACCCGAGGUAUGCGAUACGGCGUACGGCGUCUAUUUGAGUCGUGAAGCUGUCGUCUGAGUUUGAAGGUUGUAUCUUCCGACCCCCGAUCCCAAUCCCCCGACUUCCUAAUCAAUCUCAUUCCAUUCUCACACAUUGUCAUAGUAAUCAAAAAAAAUGUUUUAGGUAUUCGGUUUUCUCCUUCUUUUUGUGAUAACUUACCCUCUCCCCAACGCUUCGCUUCUAAGCUCAUAUUAUCCACCAUUUCACAUCCCACUCAUAUCUCACGUGUUAAAAUGUUAAAACCCACUUAAUAUCAAACGAUUUUAGGUAAACGCGUACGACCAGGCUGUCAAAGAUGCUCAAUUACGCAUGUCUAUCGUCUAACACACUAAAAUGGCCGUUUAUGUGUGUGCGUGUCUCUUAUUAAACUGUGUUACUGCUUUCCUUAUUUACUUCCCUCUCUCUCAAGGCUCUAACGCUGGUGUGCAUGCUCUCAACCAAUCCAAGCUUUCAAUUCACAGCCUCCUCUCUGCUUAAAGCUUUUUAACUGGGUUCACUUCUUUCAUUCAUUUCUUUGUUUUUUUUCUCAUCAUCACUUCAGAAGAAACGGACAACGGUCGCUGCAUUCCACGAGGGUGUGAACUAUGCAGAGCUCGAACUCAAAAGAGGCUUCGCAGCACAGCCAUCAAGUACCGUAUCAAUCAGCUCUGUUAAUAGUAGACCGCAUAGGGGCACUGCUUCUGUUCAGUCUGUCGUCUAGCUAAUCUAUGUGUACAUCCACUAUCCUCCGUGUUACCUGUUUUUUAAAAACCGUAUUGAAAAAGUUUUAAUGGCCAUAUUUGAAAUUUUAAUUACAAAUGUACCUUUCUGCGUUUUUUCUUUCUUUUUCAUUUUUCACUUUCCCUUCUAGAACCAUCCCUUGUUUGAUUUUUUCUUCGAGCAUUGUCAGCCAUUCAUGCAACUUCGGGUAUUAUAUGCUAUCUCUAUCACCUCUCAUUUCCCUCCACUUAAAUUUCGUGGCCUCAGGCGGUGUUAUCACCCAUUUCCCUUUUUGGUGUUUUACCCCGACAUUUUUUUUUGAAAUGGAAUAAAGGUUUUAUC